AGAAAUACGAAAAUACAUUCUUAUGUACCCAAAUUAAGAGUGUAUUCUAAAUCUGCGAAUCGACAGCAGCUGAAUUGGCUGUGCAACAUUACUGGUAAACAUAGGUAGGUGUGCGAAGCGAACUGUCUACUCUGGAGGAAAACGGUGAGAAUAGUUUGGCCAUGACGGGAGGAAUGGCAGCACCGCUUCCAAUGAGUAACCACACUAGAGAGAGAGUGACUGUGGCCAAAUUAACACUGGAGAACUUCUACAGCACCCUUCUUACCCAGCACGAAGAGAGAGAAAUGAGGCAAAAGAAACUGGAGAAGGUGAUGGAUGAGGAAGGCUUGCCUGAUGAAGAGAAGAUAACGAGACGGUCCCAACAUGCUCGUAAGGAAACAGAGUUUCUGCGGUUGAAGCGUACUCGACUGGGGCUUGACGACUUUGAGUCCCUUAAAGUCAUUGGAAGAGGAGCCUUUGGAGAGGUGCGUCUGGUACAGAAAAAGGACACAGGUCACAUCUAUGCAAUGAAAAUCCUAAGAAAAGCUGACAUGCUAGAAAAGGAGCAGGUUGCACAUAUCAGAGCUGAAAGGGAUAUCCUUGUGGAAGCAGAUGGAGCAUGGGUAGUGAAAAUGUUUUAUAGUUUCCAGGACAAAAGGAAUCUUUACCUCAUCAUGGAGUUCCUGCCUGGAGGUGACAUGAUGACGUUGCUGAUGAAGAAAGACACUCUUUCAGAGGAGGUCACUCAGUUUUAUAUAGCAGAAACAGUCCUGGCUAUUGACUCCAUUCACCAGCUAGGUUUCAUUCACCGAGAUAUUAAACCAGACAACCUACUGCUUGACUUGAGGGGUCAUGUUAAGCUCUCUGACUUUGGCCUGUGCACAGGCCUGAAGAAAGCCCAUCGCACUGAGUUUUACAGAAACCUUACACACAACCCUCCAAGUGACUUCUCUUUUCAGAAUAUGAACUCAAAAAGGAAAGCUGAAACCUGGAAAAAAAACAGACGACAGCUGGCAUACUCCACUGUUGGCACACCUGACUACAUCGCCCCUGAGGUCUUUAUGCAGACAGGAUACAAUAAGCUGUGUGAUUGGUGGUCCCUGGGGGUCAUCAUGUAUGAGAUGCUAAUAGGCUACCCACCCUUCUGUUCUGAGACACCACAGGAAACUUACCGAAAAGUCAUGAACUGGCGAGAAACUCUUAUCUUCCCUCCUGAGGUUCCCAUUUCAGAGAAAGCUAAGGACCUGAUUCUCAGAUAUUGUACAGAUGCUGAAAACAGGAUUGGGGCAGUAAGCGUGGAUGAAAUUAAGAGUCACCCUUUCUUUGAGUCAGUUGACUGGGAGCACAUCAGAGAAAGACCAGCUGCUAUUUCAAUUGAGAUCAAGAGCAUUGAUGACACCUCAAAUUUUGAUGAGUUUCCUGAGUCUGACAUUUUACAGCCGGUGACAAAUCUAACAGAACCAGACUUUAAGUCUAAGGACUGGGUUUUCCUCAACUACACCUACAAGCGCUUUGAAGGACUAACACAGCGUGGAAUCAUCCCCACCUACACAAAAGCAGGAAAAGCCUAAGAUUGCAAGCAAUAUCAGCCAAAGAGGAAAUGUCAGGGCAGUCAGGGAAAUGCAGCUUCUAAGCUUCAUUUAUAAGCUGCCUCAACUUAUCUCUGUUUUACCUAAACAGUUUGCCUCAUCUUGACUUUAGAGGCAUAUGCACUGCAAUUAUGAGGGUCAGAGUAAAUUUCUACCUGCAUGAAUUCAGACAUGUUCUUAGUAAUAAUUCAUAUGAUUUUCUAUGUAUUACACUGCUUUUAUUAGCUCAGGUAAGAAUCCAAUGUAUGAAUCUUCUUUUAUUGUCUAAACACUGUACUGUGGAAUUAACACUAAACUAAACAGGGUCAAUUAUUUUUUACCUUACCUCAGCCUUACCUGUUAAUCACACAGAGUAAAUUCUUCUUGGGAAAAAAAAAGUCAUUUUUAAAAUGGAAGUUCUACCUACCAUGCUAUUUUUCAAGCCCUCUUAAAUCUUGUAUGUAUAAAAAGAAGCACCAGUAAGAUGUAGCAUAUAGUAGUACAGUAAGAAAACAGCUGUUUGAAAAUAUUUAAUGAAACUAAAAAAUGAAAAAAUAAACUAAAGAAAAAUAAUUAAAAUUAAACUAAAUUGCUCAGGUGGCACAGCGGUAAAGUACGCAAGCGCACCAGAGUUGGGGUUUCGAAUACAUUGUAUCGAAUCUGAGCUCUGCCUUUCCGACUGGGCUGGGCGGCAGCAUGAACAACGAUUGGCUGUUGUUCAGGGUUAGCGGGUAAGAAAGUCAGAUCAUAGGUCCUCAUAACUUGUGCAACUGCGGCCCCUGCUGGCUAACUGAUGGCGCCUGCACAGGGCUAAGGAAUAAUGCUGAUGGGGGUGUGGCCCUCCAUACACAGUGCCCGUCAAGUCUAUGAUCUCGACUCGUGCAGGUGUCUGUACUGACUGUACGUGCCGGAGGGGGCGUAUGUCAGUUGAGAGGCGUCCUCAGUCAGCGUUGAAGGGUCGAAUCAGUAUAGAGGACACAAUCAGGGUAAUUGGACACGGCCAGAUUGGGGGGGGGGAUUGGGGGAAAAAAAUUAAACUAAAUUAAAUUGAAGUACAUUCUGAGCAGCACGUUAAAAUUAUGUCAGUCUUGCUCGGUACAUGAAGCAUUUCGUUAUCCACUUUAUACACACACUACCUACACAUAGUAGCCAUCUCAGUUUUCAGAGUAACUGUUACAGUAUAACCAUGCUGCAGUGUUAACAUUUUUAUUUUACUUAAUAGGGCCCUAAAGUACACAAUAAGGGAUAUAAACAACUCUGCUAAAAAGUAUUUAUUUUAAGUGAAAAGCUAAAAAUGUUCUGUGUAAUACAGAAAGGUAAAAGUUGUAUAAUAUAUAGCCAUAAUAUUGUUAUAUUGUCCUUUUUUGUUAUUUAUGGUUAAUUUCUUCUAUUGUGUCUAAUUUAUGAAUUCAACUUUAUUACAGGUAUUAAUGUGUAGUAAAAAAAGACAUUAUUUUUAGUGUUCUGUAUUAAUCAUGGUCUUGGAAUGUAUCACCCACACAAAGGAGGACUACUGCAUUUAUAUUAUGUAAUGUGUAUUAUAAAGAAAAUGAACAGUCAAUGCUUAAUUAUUGUAAUAGUUGUCUGUCAACACAUGCUUUGUCAUAUUAUUACUAUUUGUCCUAAAGCAAGACUGUUGUGUUAAAUGUUCCAAUCUCUGUUUUGCUGUAUUUUUUAAUAUGAUGUUAUAUACAGUGGUGUUCAAAAAAAUAGCAGUCCAACACCAUUGACCUGAUAAAUCACUGUUUUUAGUAGAAAUGCUAUUUCUACAUAGCAAAAAUUUUACUUGAAAGUGUAGUAGAGUAAUGAAAACAAAUAAAACCCAACAAUUAGGACAUGCAUGCCGCUCAUUCUGAGUAAUAGAAGCAUUGAUUGAAAGGGGCUUGUUCAAAAUAAUACCAGUGAGAAUUUCAAUUGGUGAAGCCAUUCAUUCUGCAGAAGAACGGGUGUAAAUUUUGACCCUUAUUUAAGGUAGGAGGGUGGCAAAUGUUGCACAGGUUGGUCAUAGCACAUUUCCUUUUGAAAUACUGGGUAAAAUGGGUUGUUCCAGACAUUGUUCUGAUUAACAGCAUACUUUGAUUAAAAAGUUGAUAGUAGAGGGAAAAAACAUACAGAGAAGUGCUGCAAGGAAGCGUGGAACUACUGUUCAAUUGGAUCGAAGAAUAGCCAAAAUGGCAAAGGUUCAGCCAAUGAUCACCUCCAGAAAGAUCAAGGAACAUCUGAAGUUACCAGUGAGUACAGAAGAUGAUUAAGCGAAGCCAAUUUACCAGCAAGAACUCCUUGCAAAUUCCCGUUGUUAAGAAAAAGACACGUCCUGAAUGGGUUCAAAUUUGCCAAGGAACACAUUAACUGGUCCAAAGAGAAAUGACUCAACAUUUUGUGGACUGGUCAAAGCAAAAUUUAAUUUUUUUGGUCUAGUGGCCGUGGACAGUAUGUCUGACGCCCCUUGAGCACUGAAUUCAAGCCAAAGUUCACUGUGAAGACAGUAAAGCAUGGUGGUACAAAAUGAUAUGGGGAUGUUUUCAUACCAUGGUGUUACGCCUAGUUAUCACAUACGAGGGAUCAUGGAUCAAUUUAAAUAUAUCAGAAUACUUGAGGAGAUCAUGUUGCCCUAUGUCGAAGAAGAAAUGUCUUUAAAAUGGGUGUUUCAACAUGACAAUGACCCAAAACAUCUUGGUUACAGACAAACAAGAUUGAGGUAAUAGAGUGACCAGCCCAAUCUCCUGACUUCAAUCCCAUAGAGAACUUGUGUUCUGAUAUCUGAAAUGCGUUCUUUUGAGGCAAAACCCAAAAUUGCAGAAGAACUGUGGAAUGUAGUCUAAUCAUCCUGGACUGGAAUACCUGUUCAGAGGUGCCAGAAGUUGGUCGACUCCAUGCAACACAGAUCUCGGAAACAAUUGUAAUGCCACUAAAUAUUCGUUCAGUAAUUUAAACUAAAGUGAAACCUCAAACAUUUUGAGUUUAUAGAUACAUUUUUUGAGAAAAAUGCUGGCACUGCUAUUUUUUUGAACAGCCUAAUAUUCAUUUUUCUUAAUUUUCUGUAAAUGAACACAAACUGGCUAAAUUUUGUUAAUGUUUUUGUUUAGAAUUGAAAGUGUAGUAUUUUCAGUGCAUUUGCAU